UUUCGUAAACGGAAGUCGUUGUGCCAACAUGGCGGCGCCCUUGGCGGGCGUGUUUUGUGUGUACUGUCAAACGUGAGCAGGUCUUCGCAAAUUGCUGGUUUAUGAGGCGAAUGAUAGGAAUCACUGAAAGCGGAUCAUGGAGAGACGCGAGUUCAUCGCAUCCCUUGUGGCCGGAGGGUGCGCCGGGAUGUGCGUGGAUCUUACCCUUUUCCCGUUGGACACCAUGAAGACCAGACUGCAGAGCCAGCAAGGCUUCUACGGGGCCGGGGGCUUCCGGGGCAUCUAUGCAGGGGUCCCGUCAGCUGCACUCGGCUCCUUUCCUAGUGCGGCUGCCUUCUUUGUCACCUACGACUGCGCAAAGUCCCUCCUGGGUUCUGGCGGAGUGCUCAAAGAACCGCCGGCGGCUUCGCUCUCACACAUGCUCGCGGCCUCCUUGGGUGAAACGGUGGCGUGUCUGAUCCGGGUGCCCACAGAGGUGGUGAAGCAAAGGACGCAAGCGUCUCCUUCAUCCGGCACAUACCGCAUACUUGUGGUGGCCCUCAGGGAAGAGGGUGUCCCAGGCUUGUACCGAGGAUUUGGCAGUACCGUUCUCAGAGAGAUCCCCUUCUCUCUGGUGCAGUUUCCGCUUUGGGAGUAUUUCAAGACUCGGUGGUCAGAGAGACGAGGCGAGCCGCUCCACUCUUGGCAGGCCGCGCUGUGCGGAGCUUUUGCAGGUGCGGUGGCGGCCCUGGUUACGACUCCUCUUGAUGUGGCAAAGACCAGGAUUAUGCUGGCAAAGGCCGGGUCAAGUGCGGCGAGCGGCAACAUCCCGCUGGUGCUUUGUGACGUGUGGAAGAGUCGAGGCCUUACGGGGCUGUUCGCGGGCAGCAUACCGAGGAUGGCCUUCAUCAGCGCGGGCGGUUUCAUUUUCCUGGGAGCCUACGAGAAAGUCCGCCGCACUUUGCUGUCCUAAGCGUGCGACCCACCGCCUGCGUCCGGGAGCAGCCGUCGGCGAGCAGCCGUCGGCGGAGCGCUCGCGGCCGCCCGGGCCUCCCGCACGACUGCUGUCCAGAUAGAAACCAGAAGACGAGAGCCGUUUACUGCCAAUACUGUGAAGGACUUCAGGUUUUGACGUGAGAAGCUCAGCAAUUUCGUUUUGGCUAAUAAGUCUUUUAACGCGGUGAACUUCAUUUGACCCGCUCCAACUUUAGAAUGCGCGUCCUGCGCAAUGUUUUCGUACUUU